AAAAAAAUAGCAAACUCUAAAAUUAUCUGCUUGUUUUUGAGAGAUAUAUUUGGAUCAUAUAUUGCACUUUUCUCCUGGCUUUGCAGUCCCUAGCUACAUUCCUGUGUCAAGGCGUACGUCAAAUCUCCGUUUUGGGCAUUUGAUGUAUUAUAGUACUUGAUUUUUGUUUGCCUCAGGGCUGUCUUUGCUCAUUUGAACAAGCUUAUAAUUGCAAGAUUCAAUUAAUCAUGGCUGAAGUUAUGUCCACGCCUGUUGACCGACUCAUGAAACCUGUUCAUGAACUUGAAUGUUCUGACGAUGAAAAGAAGAAAAGGGUUGGAUCGUUCAAGAAGGUGGCAAUCAGUGCCUCAUCUAAGUUGAAAAAUUCCCUGAGCAAGAGGGGGAGGAGGCACAGCAGGGUUAUGUCUCUAUCCAUUGCUGAUGACAUUGAUGUAGAAGAGUUGCAAGCAGUUGAUGCUUUUCGCCAAGCACUAAUCUUGGAAGAGCUAUUGCCUUCAAAACAUGAUGAUCAUCACAUGAUGCUAAGAUUCCUAAGAGCAAGGAAGUAUGACAUUGAGAAAACAAAACAAAUGUGGGCAGAUAUGCUUAAAUGGAGGAAGGAAUUUGGUGCUGACACUAUCGCGGAGGAUUUUGAAUUCGAGGAACAGGAUGAAGUUCUAAAGUACUACCCACAAGGACAUCAUGGGGUUGACAAGGAGGGACGACCUGUUUACAUUGAAAAGUUGGGCCAGGUUGACUCUACCAAGCUGAUGCAAGUAACAACAAUGGAUCGUUAUCUCAAAUACCAUGUAAAAGAGUUUGAGAGGACCUUUGCUGUUAAGUUGCCUGCAUGUUCCAUUGCAGCAAAGAAGCACAUUGACCAGAGCACAACUAUUUUGGAUGUGCAAGGAGUGGGCCUUAAAAGUUUGAACAAAGCUGCUAGGGAUCUCCUCCAGAGGCUUCAGAAGAUUGAUGGUGACAACUACCCUGAGUCACUGAACCGUAUGUUCAUCAUCAAUGCUGGUUCUGGAUUUAGGCUCUUGUGGAACACCAUUAAGUCGUUCCUAGAUCCCAAGACCACCGCAAAAAUCCAUGUCCUAGGUAACAAAUACCAGAGCAAGUUGCUUGAAAUCAUUGAUGCCAGUGAACUUCCAGAGUUCUUGGGUGGCACUUGCACUUGUGAAGAUAAAGGUGGUUGUAUGCUUUCUGACAAGGGGCCAUGGAACAACCCAGACAUCUUGAAGAUGAUUCAAAAUGGCGAGGGCAAAUGCAAGAGAAAAAUCUUAUCCGGGAUUGAGGAGAAAACAAUCACAGAAGAUAAUACAACACCUCAAAAUGUAGCAAUCAAAGAAUCAUUUCCACAGACAUACGAUGUUGAUGUCAAGUGUGUAUCCCAAAAAGGCGUAAAGAAAUGUGGUGCGUAUCAGUGUGACGCAUUUGGCACUGUGCUCAAUAAGCCAAUGGAUUCAUCCUGGAAUAAAUUAAUACAAAAUGAUAAAGUUGCACUUUCUAAAGGAGCAGAAUGUUUCCCUAGCAAGAGUGCUUCUGAUGGGUUGAGCAACCAGUUCAUUGGUGGAAUAAUGGCGUUUGUGAUGGGAAUAGUGACCAUGAUCCGCAUGACAAGGAACAUGCCAAGGAAAAUCACUGAAGCAGCACUGUAUGGGAGCGCAGGAUUAUAUGAUGGUAGCAUAAUGAAAGCGGCGGACAUAUCAUGCAAUGAUUACAUGGCCAUGAUGAAGCGCAUGGCUGAACUAGAAGAGAGAAUGAGCGUCCUCAGCAAGAGACCUAGCAUGCCACUUGAAAAGGAGGAAGUGCUCACUAAUGCUCUCAGCAGAGUCACCACUCUGGAACAAGACUUGGUUUCCACCAAAAAGGCACUUGAUGAUGCCCUUACUCGACAAGUGGAUCUCCAAGCUCAAAUUGAGAAGAAGAAAAAGAAGAAGUUGUUCCGCGGCCUCCGCUGUUUCACUGCGUGAUUUGCUACAUGAGGAAGAGUUGUAAAAUUGGAGACUUUCUCUUUCAACAGCUAUAAAGUAUUUGAUUAUAAACUCCUGCACAAUAUAAAGUUUCCCAUUCCUUGACAACUGUGCAUACGUUGGAUCAAUUUAGGCAUGGUUACUUUUAUGCUAGAAAAAUAUCAGACUAUAUUGCUUUCCGAAUUAUUGGUCUUCAAAUCCAUUGAUAGUAACACUAGUUUUUGUGUUAUCAAUGUAACCCGCUUUGCAUCAUUCUCAAAUGUCAUGUAAAAUAAGUUUUUGGAAUUAUCUUGUGCAAUAAUCAUGAAAUAUAUUUUUACAA